AUGUCUGCGCCAACCGACAGCAGUGUUUCCAAGCACGCAACGGUAGAACCCGCGCCCGAAUCCCCUACGACAGCUCGACCGCUCGAAAUGGAUGACGACGAAGCUCAGGAGAAUGUCCCUUUGGGGGGCACUGACACCUCAACGACUGGUACCACCCGGAAUGCAUCUGCCUCUGACGAAAACCCUCCGCCGAAACCUCCACGCCCAUUGACCGAGGAGCAAAAGAACCAGCAGAUCCUGAAGGAGGCAUUCCCUUCCAUCGAACCUUCUGUUAUCAAGGCGGUCCUUAGGGCCAGCCGCGGCCAGAUCGAGCCUGCCUUCAACGCUCUCCUGGAGAUGACGGAUCCGGAUGCAGUUCAGAACGAUGACGUACCCCCGCCGCCUCCCCCGAGACCCGCGGCGCAACAGCUGGGUGGUCCGACUUCCACCGAUAGAUCCCAGCUGGAGGCCGACGAGAUAUACGCCCGCCAACUUGCGGAGCAUUUCGAGAGCACUGCCGCAUAUGAGGCGAGAACUGCCAACCGCGGAACUCCGGGCGCUUCUCAUGGGCCCACUGGUGCACGUGGACCUCAUAUGCCUCCGCGCCCUCGGCAGGAGACCGGCCUGAAGCCGAACGAGCUGUACGAUGAUCGGGAGCACAGUUUCAUUGAUGACGAUUUGCCUGUUAUCAAAGAGAGCUUGCGCAAGGGAUUUAUUGAGACGCAGAGCAAGGUCAACUCGUGGUUUACGACUAUCAAGAAGAAGAUCGACGAGACCUUUGACGAGGAUGAGGACCAGCGUCGGCAAAACGAGAGUAAUGCGUUCAUCGGAAGACCAACCCGGAAUCAGCAACGUAGAAGCGCAGAUUACGACCGUUAUGAUGCUGAUCCGACCAUCCUCAGCGACGACUUUGCGGGCAUGAAAUUCAACAAUGACGGCACUCCCUACACCGCCCAAAGCACACAUCAGCAGCUAUACGGCAACCCUCAUGCCUUCAGGCCACCGCCGCCUUCCAAGUCUCCCAAAUCCUCAGACGGCAGGAAGGUGUCGUUUAGAGAUACGGUGGAAGACAUCAACGCCUACGACGCAUCACCGAGGAUCCAGCCCAAGGACAAUGCCGCUGCGGCCCAUGGAGGUAGCAGCGCUGCUGGAUCAGCAACAAAGACAAGCAAAUGGCAACCUCUUUCGUCAGUUGACCCGAAUCCGAUCGCGGACAAUGAUCCGUUUAGCCUGGGAGACAGUGACGACGAGUUCGAACAUGGCCAUAAGCGUAACCAGUCUGGCAGCAGUCAGAUCAAGAUGGAGGAUACGACAGCUACGGAUGCGGACCAUGAGAGGUUGAGGCAGGCGACGGCUGAUGCUAUGGGUGAUAGCUUGGUGGAGGGUGAUAAGACGAAGAAGACUGAGCAGGCAAAGUAA